UUUAUUUUGAAAUUAACAGUGAAAGAGGGGACUAGUAUCGGGCAGGGAACGCUUCUGAAGCAGACAUAAAGAGUUUUAAAAAAAGCUUUUAAAGAAAAUACACAAAAAGGGCUCCUAGGUCAGGAAUAACAAGGACGUUGACUCUACGGUCGGUUGGAGGACUAACAGCACCAGCGGAGCCUUCAUGGACCGGACGGCCGUGGUGAAGGUCGGGGCCGCGGCCAGCGCCAGCGUCUGCGUGCUGUUCGGCGGCGUGGUUUUGGCCCAGUACAUCGUCGCCAAGAAGAAGCGAGCAGGCAAGAAAACCCGGAUCAUAGAGAUGAUGCCUCAGUUUGAGAAGAAUACAGUCCACAUGAGGGACCCUGAGAGGGUGGAGCAGAUCAUCUGUGGCCUCAUCAAAGGAGGAGCCUCCAAACUACAGAUCAUCACAGACUUCGACAUGACGUUAAGCAAGUUCGCUGUCAACGGCAAACGCUGUCCGUCAUGUCACCAUAUUAUUGAAAACUGCAAUCUGAUAGCAGAGGAUUGCAAAGAGAAGCUGCUGCAGCUGAAGAAUAAAUAUUAUCCCAUCGAGAUCGACUCUAAUCUCACCAUGGAGGAGAAAUUCCCAUUUAUGGUGGAGUGGUAUUUCAAGUCUCACACACUACUUGUGGAGUCGCGGAUAGAGAAGGACAAACUGACAGAGGUGGUGAGAGAGUCUUGCGCUGUCCUCAAGGAUGGCUAUUUGCAGUUCUUUGAAAACCUGCAGCAGCACGAUGUCCCUGUCUUCAUCUUCUCUGCUGGCCUGGGUGACAUCCUGGAGGAAGUCAUCCGCCAAGCCGACGUCUACUACCCCAACGUCAAGGUCGUGUCCAACUUCAUGGACUUCGACGAAAACGGCGUCCUGAAGGGUUUCAAAGGCGAGCUGAUCCACGUGUUCAACAAACACGACGGCGCCCUGCGGAACACGGAGUACUUCAAACAGGUGAAGGAAAACUCCAACAUCAUCCUGAUGGGUGACUCACUGGGGGACCUCACCAUGGCCGACGGCGCGCCCAACGUGGAGAACAUCCUCAAGAUCGGCUACCUCAACGAAAAGGUUGAUGAGCUGCUGGACAAAUAUCUGGACUCGUAUGACAUCGUCCUGGUGAGGGACGACACUCUGGAAGUGCCCAACGCCAUCCUCCAGAAGGUUCUAUAACUCCACCCCCCAAGUCCACUCCUCUCCUCCCAUCAGCCUCUUCCAGCCUUGGGCCUGUCAGACUUCUAACACCAAACUAAAUCUGUGUCACUGGUCCAACACCUCCACUAUCUCUGGAUCAUUUUCCAACUCUGUACCUCCCCACCCCUCUCCCCACCUUCACCCUUUAAAAGCCUUUUUAAAAGACAUUUUACAUCUCCUGAAUGAACUGUUUUAAAAGUCCACACAGCAGCAGCAGCCUGUCUCUGGUGUGUUUUGUCUGUUUGUAUUGUUUCUGAUGUUCUCUCAAAGUUGUUUUAUGAUAAAAGAAUAACCAAAAGUGAGAUAAAAAAAAACUCACUCCAUCUUUAUAAUUUGCACAUUAUUGUUACCAUUGUUGUUUUUGAAAUAUGGUAAUAAUUGUAUGCCAGAAAGCAUUUCCCACAGACUGACACAGUGUUUUCUUUGAACAUGUUUGUCAAGACCUGGUCAGGCUGCGACAGUGAGCCGUUGUUAUACAUAAAACAUGCAACUGCAAAACCUACGUUGGAGCUUUUGCAGAUCAUGGAAGUAAUUGAGUGCAUAAAAGACCUGGGAAAAUGUAAUUCCUAGUAAAACAUAUUAAUGCUGUUGCUAGCAGUGAUAUAGAGACCACUGAAACUCGUUUUAGGGAGGAGGAAGGAUUCAGAUUGUCAACAUGAAACUAAGAUGACGAGAAGAAACGCACUUUAUAUUCUGUGUAUGGCGGAAUCAGCCUGUGCAUGAACAUACUGUGACAGUAAUUUAGAUUUGUGGAUGUAGGAGCACGUUCUCGCACAGAAAAGCCAUGUUUACAUAAGCUUUUUUUUUUUUCAUUUGGCAUCAUAUUAACGCAGAGGAAGAAGCAACUCUUUACUCUUGAAACAUUCAUGGCAUUUUGUGAACUUCUCCAUGCCAGUGUUGAAGGUUAAAGAGGUAUUGAGUAAUACUAAAGAUGACCUCUUGUGGUCAUCAGCAGGAAUUACAACAGUAAAACCUCCUUGAACCAAAUACAAGGUGCUGCAAAAUUACAAUAUUACAAUAUAUCUACUAGUAUAUAAUAUAAGUAUAGUUUGCCUGUUGUUCAAUAAAAAUCCAGCAUAAGACCUAUUUAAUUUCAUCACCUUUUCAUUCUGUGGUUAAAUGUUGAGCACUACCUCUAACACAUUCAUCUUAGUGUUUUUUUUGGGAGGUUCAAAGUUAAAAUGUCACUGUCUCCCCUUUGUCUCGACAAGUUGUGUUUAAUGUUCUCUUUGUCUUUUAAAUGUGCUGCUAUCGCCUGCAUGUUGCCUUUUCUGAUCGGUAAGUUUAUGUAAAAGAAACGGGAGACUAAAAUACAUAAAUAUAUAUAUAUCAAUAAAACGGGGAAUAAUGUCAUACUGUAUAUGUGGCCAUUAUAUGGAAAUGUAUAUUGUUUUAUUGCAUUUGGAGAGAUCUCCUAAAGUAUAGACAGGUGUGUUGUAUUUUUAUAAACAGAUGGCUUUCUCUUUUUUUUUGAUGGUGUGAUUUGAAAAUGCAAUAAAAUGUCAUUUUUUUGUGAGCCUUGUCUGGAUCACAGAAAUUUGGACUAACAUGAA